CUAUUUGUCAACCAAUGGCUUAACACAGCGACCGCGGGCACCGCCUCAGAUCAGACGCGCAUAUGAUGUUACAGCCAAUUUAACCUCUAUAUCCAAAUCUAAUGAGGAAGAGAGAGGUGCUGCACAGAAGACACGGGUUGUUGAGUUAAUGUACACCUUUAUGUAUUCGUGACUUUAUCAAAUACUGACUUGAAAGAGCGCCGCGAGCGCGUCGUUUUAACGGGGAAAUCGGGAAUGUUCCUUCCGCUUCCCGAGAAAAAACUCAACGGAAGUUGAACUGGUGAGUGAAGUAGGCCCUGUGUGGGGGUCGUCCUCCCACUUAAAGUAAAGUAGAAGACCAACCAUUCCGGCUUGUUAUAAAAGCCCCGCCCCUCUGGAUCAAGUCUACAGAAAGUGGUCCAGCCUGUCUUCCGCAGUGGGGGGAAGUGAAGGGGGCAGAAUCCUAGCGCGUCCUGUUUCUCAGGCAAUGAAGCUGCAGGCGGUGAUGGAGAACCUGCACAGACAGCAGAGAGCCAAACUGCUGAUGGAGCAAGCGGGGCAGUCAAACGGCCCCGCCCCUUCGGGGGAGGAGCUAAAACUGAACUCCACUUCCGAUGCGGAGCAAGCUCAAAUGGCAGCACUGGCUGCAAUGCGCGCGGUAGCCGCUGGACUUCAAAGGGCCGACAGCCCCAUGUCUGAUCGCAGCAGUGGAGGAGAGGAUGAUGAGGAAGAUGAUGAUGAUGAAGACGAGCAAUACAAUCAUAUGAUGGGGUCUGAGGAGGAAGAGCAAAUAAAGCAGAAAUGGGAUGAAGAUGAUUUCGAGGGCGAGAUGGAGGAGGACUACGACGACGAUCUGGGCGACGAAGGGUUACCGUCGGGUCGUGAUGCCCUCACCCCCGGCAGAGGUAUUCUUCUCUUACCCCACCGCCAAAUGCACCCAUCGUCUCAGCUGCUGAAAGCCAGAGCCGGCUCUGAAACCGAACCACGUGCGCUGGUGCACUCCGCUCAUUCGUCCCACGGGCCGCCUCAUGGGCAGGAUCACGCAGAUUGGACCUAUGAGGAGCAGUUCAGACAGCUCUAUGAACUGGACAGCGACCCAAAGAGGAAGGAGUUCUUGGAUGAUCUGUUUAGCUUUAUGCAAAAAAGAGGGACGCCGGUGAACCGGAUUCCCAUUAUGGCCAAGCAGGUGUUGGACCUUUACAUGUUGUACCAGUUGGUGACGGAAAAGGGGGGCCUGGUUGAGGUCAUAAAUAAGAAGCUGUGGAGGGAGAUCACGAAGGGUCUGAGUCUGCCCACCUCCAUCACCAGCGCGGCCUUCACACUCAGAACACAAUACAUGAAGUAUCUGUACCCUUAUGAAUGUGACAAGAGGAGUCUCAGCAAUCCAAAUGAGUUGCAGGCGGCCAUCGACAGCAACCGGCGCGAAGGACGCAGGCAAGGCUUCGGCGGCUCGCUCUUCACCUACUCGCCCAACGGGACGCCCACCAUGCUCUCCUCACCCAAACUCUCCAUGCAACACAUGGGCAUCACCCUGCCCAGCAACGGUGCUUCGCUCUCGUCCUUACACAAAAUUAAAAAGGAUGACGAUGGGAUCCAGCCGCGUAUACCCGUCUCUCUGGCUUCUCACUCUGUAGCUGCGGCCCAGGCAGCGGCCGCGCAGGCCACCCUCGCCCAGGUGGCGGCGCUCGAGCAUCUGCGGGACAAGCUGGAGUCAGGCGAGCCCCCGGAAAAGAAGAUGGCGCUGCCGCUGGAGGAACACCAGCGACUUUUGCAGAGAGCCCUGCAGCACAACCUGCUCGCCAUGACUGCACAGAUACCCAUGAAUAUACGCAUCAACAAUCAAGAGAGCAAGCCAGACUCCGCCCUCAACCUGACCACCAAUGGUUUGAACAGCAUCAGUAUGUCAGUGGAGCUUAAUGGAGUCGUCUACACCGGCGUCUUGUUCGCCCAGGCGGCAGCGCAGGCCUCAUCAGGGGCAACUAGCAAAUCCUCCACGGGCAAUAGCGGACCUCAGUCGGUUCUCCACACGCCUACCUCAUCAUCCUCAAACAACCAAUCGCCUUAAAACCUCAGACUCUCCCUCUCAGGGCAAAACCAAAGCCAAAAAACCUCAGUUACUACAGAAGAUAUGCCAAAAAUACAUAGCAAGAAUGCAGGAAUAAGUCAAAGGUUCUCAACUUGAAGUACACUAGCUCAGGUGUUUUAUUUACACUCUCCUUUGUUCAGGAGCCAAAAUCGUAAAAAAGCAAGAGUUUAUUAUAAAGAUGAUGAUAUAUAUAUAUAAAUAUAAUGUAUAUGCAAAACCUGUGAAAUAAUUUAUUUCUCCUUCUGCGAGCACACUGUCUGGCAUAAACGAAAAGGCAGUUGGAUUCUGCUUUAUAGGGUUUUAUAGUCUCCGACUGACGAAAGCUUUUCAUCUUCAGGAAAAACCAUAACAAUAGUAUUAUUGUUAUAACAUGUGAUGCAAACUGCUUAAGGGUCUGAACUUAUAAUAUAUUAUUGUAUCUGUUGUUGUUAUUUUUUCUUCUUUAUGUAUCUGCAGUGCCUUGUGAAGGUUUUUCUCCAGCGCGGUUUGGACGUGCUGUUGUUGACAGAUAGUUUGAUCUGAAGUAAUUUUUUUUUUACUUUAAUUAAGAGUAUUCAACUUUUUGGAUCUUCUGUGAUGGCGUCGACGAUCUUAAUAUCAGUAAUUGUGAACAAUCAGGGUAAAGGAGAGAGAAAAAACCCUCAGAGUCCUGCUUGCGUUUGUAGAUGUGUAUGCUUCCGUUUGUAACCUGUUUUUCACGUUUUAUUGUUUAGCUAUUCACGUGUCAACUACUGGCAAACUGUGGUGGUCAUGUUCUCCGUCUGCAGGACAUCGAUGUUAUCUGGGACUGCCGCGGCCUGCGCGCUUUUCACCCAUAGUUGGUCUAGCGCAGAACCGUAAAAAGAUAUCAGGUUGUUUUUACGUGUAUUGAUGUAGGUUUUUGUGGCUCGGUCAAUAAUCACAUAGGUUCACUUUAAGCUUCGAAUUGAACAGUCCCGAGUGUCGCUGAGGGGUCCAAUAACGCCGCCUGUGCUUUAUUUUAAAACGCCAGGACAGUUGUUGAUAAUAUAUUUGUAUUUUUAACACCCCAAAAAAACGAUUUCAGAAUAAUCGUCUCACGCCUCCAAAUCUUCUCUCCUUGAAGAUAAAGAGAUUGAAAGGAAGUGGUUUCUUGUUUUCGGUGAUAUUACAUCACAUCCUGCAGGGUUGUUUUUGAUUUAAUGUUCCUGUCAACAUGUAGCUGUAAUUGAUGUGUCAAGCUCUUCUAGCAUUACACUGUAUGCAAGGUCAAAAUGAUGUGGGUUGGGUAGGGGUUAAACGUUUAGAAACAGGGACUGGCGACUGUUGAUAUGAAGGUGAAUAAUUCUGGGAUUUUAAAUAAGUUAGUCAUAACCAGAGGAAGAUAAACCGGGUGUCCUUUAGGUCAAUAAGGCCCUUAUUUUGAUCUAAAACGGCUUUUAGUUUUAGUGUUAAAUGCCUUUAUCCUUUAUUCAGGAUCAAUCCCGCAUCACCAGCCCUCUUUUGUGUUCUGUAUUGCAUUUUACUACAGUUUUAUAUAUCACCACACCUCACAAUAACACGUCUCAAAGCAACAGCCAGAAUCUCUCUACCUCAGACAUAUUUAUCAGCUAAAAACCAUUAACAAACCCAGCUUGUCAUGUUUAUGUGAAUCAAAUCUACGGAGCUGGAGCUUCCUUAAGCAACACUUGAAUUGUGAAUUUUAUCUCCUCCAUGUAUUAGCCACGAUUGAUCUAUUCAUGCUUGUACAAAAGGCCUUAAAGUCGCAAUAAAAUCAAAACGGACAAUUUUUAUUUUUAAUGUAAUACUGCAGUGUUUAUUAUAAACAAUUUGUGCAAGUCAUUUUUUUUUCAUUCAUGUGCCCUCAUAAAAUCCGUUAUCUCCGCCCCCUCCAUCUGUCAGUCUUCUGCCAGUUUUAUUUCUGAAUAAAAUGGCUAAUUUUUAUAUCCAAUUAAAGCAUAGUGAAAAACACAAGCCACGCCCCCGAAGUAAAGUCGAUCGACUUCCGGUUCACAAGGACUUUAAUGCACAUCAUCCUGUUUUAUCUGACUGACAGCUUGCCUUUAAACUCGACUCGACUUUACAGUGACCGAUGUUUCGCAAGAUAGCGAUAACUUUACGUUUUGAUGGCCUUUAAGCAGUGCGUUGCCAGUUUAUUUGUUAUUUUUAAAGAAACAAAACCGUUACCGCACCAGACAGUUGGUAUCUAUAGGAGGGUUCUGUAAAGAUUGGUUUUUACUCCGAUGUAUGCCUUAAUGUAUGCAAUUUUUACGAAAUAAUAAUCAUUAUAGCAUGCCAAUGUAAUCAGGUUUAUUGCAAGGUCAACCAAAGUCGCUGUACGAUAAAACACGCAAACACGUUCGGCUUUUAUUGUAUAGCAUAUGCUUGCUAACACACUUUUCUCUUUGUUGAACUUAACGUCACACUAAAAGUUAAGUAAACCAUUUAUCCAAUACAUUGACAGCAACGAAACGUAGGUUUUAUUUUAAACAAGGCAUUUGUCGUCUUCUCAGGAAAUACACUUCUACCUCUAGUUAAACAGAUAUGUUCAUCGUAGUGCUGUGGUCACAGUGCAUGUAACAUUUGUUCUACCUUUUUAUAAUAGUUAUACGAGAAAAGUUUCUCGGCACACAAGUUUGUUAUUUUGUUUUAGUAUGUUAUAUUUUUUAUUUCUUCUUUUUUUUUAAAUCUGAAUACUCCCUUCAUGUGAGUGCUGUUGAGUUUUUGCUUGCUUAGUUUGAAACCAAAUAGAAAAUUGCUUCUAGCACAAGAACCCCACCGAUGCGCCGUCGCGUGCAUUUUCACUUGUGCCGUUUUUCUGAACUUUAAAUUGCGUAGUGUCGGCCUCUUGAUCGCAUCUCUUAGGGUUGAGGGACGAAGACAAUCCGAACCUAUUUAACCUAAUCUCUGUUUGUGUGAAUAAUUAACUUUAUUUUGAAAAGAAAUAUAUCAAGAUAUAAUUGGGGGGAGGGGUGUCCAAAGAAUGUCCACGUAAGUGCUGUUAUGGCCUGAAUAUCAUGGAUUGACUCUUUAGAUUUUAGAUGAUCACACAAGAACUGUACCUCCCGAUUUGAAUUACCUGUUAUAACACAACAAAUGUAGUUAGCAGUUGAUACUGACUAUUUCUUUUUUAAACAAAGGUCUUUUGACUAAUUCUUUAACUUGUAUAUGUUGUAAUGUUAUGGUAAUUCCGGAGCUUCAGUUUGGGUGUGUCUGUUUUCUGUUGUUUUAAACAUUAUGCUCUGUUUAAAAAAAGUUCAUGUUGAGUUUUGUUGUCUCUUGAAGUUUACAUUUUAUAAUUGUCAAGCAUCAGAUUUUUCAAUGUUUGAUUUUCCAAAUUUGAGAACUUCACUUGUAAACAAAGACAUUGAAAUUCAAUAAAAUCUAAU